GCAGUCACUCUGGCCAGCCCUGCGACCCUUGGGAGCGACCAUCAGCACCAGGGAGCUUGGGCUCCAGGAACCUCCUCUCUGCCCCAGCGGCUUCCUGUCGGUGCCCUCCCCUCCCACUUCUGUACCCCAGUUUCCACGGGGCCUGUGGCUGGGGGUAAGAACCCACCGACUCCCAGGGAGAAGCCUGCAGAACAGAGACCUCACCCCAAGGAGACCUAUUAGAGCCUCGGCCCGGCGUCGGUGACUCAGAGUGUCCGCGGGAGCGCCGCAGCCACAGCCGCGCACCCGAAUUCCGAGGUCCGACAGCACCCGGCCCAGACCCCACGCCUGCCAGGAGCGAGCCAGCCGGCCGGCGCGCUCCGACCCCAGCAGUCUCUGCCCUUCGGCCCGAGCCCCGCGCCCUUCCCGGGACCUCUGCCCCGCGGGCAGCGUUGCCACCCUGCCGGCCAUGGAGACCCCGUCCCAGCGGCGCGCCACCCGCAGCGGGGCGCAGGCCAGCUCCACCCCGCUGUCGCCUACGCGCAUCACCCGGCUGCAGGAGAAGGAGGACCUGCAGGAGCUCAAUGACCGCCUGGCGGUCUACAUCGACCGUGUGCGCUCGCUGGAGACGGAGAACGCGGGGCUGCGCCUCCGCAUCACCGAGUCCGAGGAGGUGGUCAGCCGCGAGGUGUCCGGCAUCAAGGCCGCCUACGAGGCCGAGCUCGGGGAUGCCCGCAAGACCCUCGACUCGGUGGCCAAGGAGCGCGCCCGCCUGCAGCUGGAGCUGAGCAAAGUGCGCGAGGAGUUCAAGGAGCUCAAAGCGCGCAAUACCAAGAAGGAGGGCGACUUGAUGGCCGCCCAGGCCCGCCUCAAGGACCUGGAGGCCCUGCUCAACUCCAAGGAGGCCGCCCUGAGCACCGCGCUCAGCGAGAAGCGCACCCUGGAGGGCGAGCUCCAUGACCUGCGGGGCCAGGUGGCCAAGCUCGAGGCCGCCCUGGGUGAGGCCAAGAAACAGCUCCAGGACGAGAUGCUGCGGCGGGUGGACGCGGAGAACAGGCUGCAGACCCUGAAGGAGGAGCUGGACUUCCAGAAGAACAUCUACAGCGAGGAGCUGCGAGAGACCAAGCGCCGCCACGAGACCCGGCUGGUGGAGAUCGACAACGGCAAGCAGCGCGAGUUCGAGAGCCGGCUGGCGGACGCCCUGCAGGAGCUGCGGGCCCAGCACGAGGACCAGGUGGAGCAGUACAAGAAGGAGCUGGAGAAGACCUAUUCUGCCAAGCUGGAUAACGCCAGGCAGUCGGCCGAGAGGAACAGCAACCUGGUGGGGGCCGCGCACGAGGAGCUGCAGCAGUCUCGCAUCCGCAUCGACAGCCUGUCGGCCCAGCUCAGCCAGCUGCAGAAGCAGCUGGCCGCCAAGGAGGCGAAGCUGCGGGACCUGGAAGACUCGCUGGCCCGGGAGCGCGACACCAGCCGGCGGCUGCUGGCGGAGAAGGAGCGGGAGAUGGCGGAGAUGCGGGCGAGGAUGCAGCAGCAGCUGGACGAGUACCAGGAGCUGCUGGACAUCAAGCUGGCCCUGGACAUGGAGAUCCACGCCUACCGCAAGCUCCUGGAGGGCGAGGAGGAGAGGCUGCGCCUGUCCCCCAGCCCCACCUCGCAGCGCAGCCGCGGCCGCGCCUCCUCGCACUCCUCCCAGACGCAGGGCUCGGGCAGCGUCACCAAGAAGCGCAAGCUGGAGGCCGCCGAGAGCAGGAGCAGCUUCUCCCAGCACGCUCGCACCAGCGGGCGCGUGGCCGUGGAGGAGGUGGACGAGGAGGGCAAGUUCGUGCGGCUGCGCAACAAGUCCAGUGAGGACCAAUCCAUGGGCAAUUGGCAGAUCAAGCGCCAGAAUGGAGAUGACCCCUUACUGACCUACCGCUUCCCACCAAAGUUCACGCUGAAGGCCGGGCAGGUGGUGACGAUCUGGGCUGCAGGAGCCGGGGCCACCCACAGCCCCCCUAGCGACCUGGUGUGGAAGGCACAGAACACCUGGGGCUGCGGGAACAGCCUGCGCACGGCUCUCAUCAACUCCACCGGGGAGGAGGUGGCCAUGCGCAAGCUGGUGCGCUCAGUGACCGUGGUCGAGGACGACGAGGACGAGGACGGAGACGAUCUGCUCCAUCACCACCAUGGCUCCCACUGCAGCAGCUCGGGGGACCCCGCCGAGUACAACCUGCGCUCACGCACCGUGCUGUGCGGGACGUGCGGGCAGCCUGCGGACAAGGCUUCCGCCAGCGGCUCGGGAGCCCAGGUGGGCGGAACCAUCUCCUCUGGCUCUUCCGCCUCCAGUGUCACGGUCACCCGAAGCUACCGCAGUGUGGGGGGCAGUGGGGGGAGCGGCUUCGGGGACAGCCUGGUCACCCGCUCCUACCUCCUGGGCAACUCCAGCCCUCGAACCCAGAGCCCCCAGAACUGCAGCAUCAUGUAAUCUGGGACCUGCCAGGCCCGGGUGAGGGUGGAGACCUCCUGAGUCCUCCUCACCUCAUGGCCACCCCCUGCCCUGCACCUCAGGGGAGGGGGCUUGAAGCCAAAGAAAAUACCCCUUUGGUUUUGUCUUCUAUGUUUCGUUUUUUUCUAAGAGAACUUAUUUUCUACAGUGGUUUUAUACUGAAGGAGAGACACAAGCAAAAAAAAAAAAAAAAAAAAAAAGCUCUAUCUCCACCCCCGUCCAUUCCCUGCUUCCGGGAAACUCACAUCUGCCUUAAAACCAAAGAGGGCUUCCUCCAGAAGCCGAGGGAAAGGGAUGCUUUUUACAGAG